AUGAGCUACACUGUGCUAAACACCGCCACAGACGGCACAGCGUCGUCAUGUGGAGACUUUUACCGCGGGGGAGUCACGACUCUUGAUGAAGUUACAUAUCCACCAACGACGUGGUUUGACGGCAACUGUUCGUGGGAGGACGCCGUGUCGUGGGGCUGCAACGUCACCUUCAACGGCACCGCCAGCAACUCCACGGCGCCUGAUGACGUCACUUCGUUGGUACUCAUGGUCGUCACUUCUGUGUUCCUGGCGCUCAUCAUCUUGGCUACUAUUAUUGGCAAUGUAUUCGUGAUCGCAGCCAUUAUCAUCGAGCGAAACCUACAGAACGUAGCUAACUACCUAGUCGCUUCCCUUGCCGUUGCGGACCUGAUGGUCGCCUGCUUGGUCAUGCCGCUGGGAGCUGUUUACGAGGUUAGCCAAGGGUGGAUUUUGGGCCCGGAACUGUGUGAUAUGUGGACCUCCAGCGACGUACUCUGCAGCUCUGCUUCAAUUCUUCAUCUUGUGGCUAUUGCGACUGAUAGGUAUUGGGCUGUGACAAAUGUGGAUUACAUCCACUUACGGAAUGAGCGGCGCAUCUUCACGAUGAUUGUCCUCGUGUGGGGCGCCGCACUCGUCGUGUCGCUCGCCCCGCAGCUCGGCUGGAAAGAUCCUGACUACCUUGCCAGGAUCACCCAACAACAAAAAUGCCUCGUCAGCCAAGACCUAGCCUACCAGAUCUUUGCGACAAUGUCGACCUUUUACGUACCUUUGGCUGUGAUCCUAAUUCUGUACUGGAAGAUCUUUCAAACUGCGCGCAGACGAAUCCGAAGGAGACGAGAACCACCACCUCCUCGUCCUACUUCUGCGGAUGGUCCAACCCCCACUGGACGACCAGUUCAGUCAGCAAGGGACCGACGCUUCGUUAAAAAGAGGUUUCUAAACUUGAAGAAAUGUAAUCAACGCACCCGAGCCGAAACUCUUGCAGCUGCUCUACUAUUGACUGAGGGGCAGAGCACAUCCACUGUAGACACAUUGGACGAGGAGCCCCGAACAACAGCCUUUACUAUCAACGAAAAAGCCCUAUCCUCAGUCUCCCCAGAGAAGUCUUCCUCGACCGUCACUAAUGGGUCGAAGCCGGAGCGAGCUAUUGUUCCUGCUCAAACACAUAGAGAGAAGAAAGAGUCCCUCGAAGCAAAGAGGGAGAGGAAGGCAGCCAAGACGCUUGCUAUUAUCACAGGAGCUUUCGUUUUCUGCUGGCUUCCGUUUUUCAUAAUGGCGCUGGUAAUGCCUAUUUGCCAGACGUGUGUGAUCAGCGACUAUCUCGCGAGUUUUUUCCUCUGGCUCGGCUACUUCAACUCGACUCUAAACCCUGUGAUUUACACGAUAUUUAGUCCAGAUUUUCGCCAAGCGUUCGCUCGGAUCCUCUUCGGGACACACCGGCGAGGCCGCAAUAAAAAAUUCUAACGAAGAUGUCCUUACUACAUAUAUAACUGAGCUAAUGCUCAAUGGACUAUGUUACUCUCCUUGUAUAUUUUAAGGCUUUCUGUAUGUUAUACAUACUCGACGUUGGUAGUUAGUGUAAAUACAUUUAGUGAAGAGAUUGUAAAUAAUAUAUAAAGGUAUAUUUAUGAAUAUAGAUAAUGUUGAGGAUUGUUUUUUUUACGCGUUAUAGUCU